GCCUACCAAAUUAGAUUUUCGGUUUUCUCACCGGUGACACACUGCUCAAAUGCAAAACGUAGUAAAACCAUAUUAAUAAGAAUACGACACAAUCGAAUUGGCUUCGGGUUUAAUGAAGAGGAACAACAUUGCAUUAUUAUGUAUCAAAAUAUGGUUAAUUUAUUUGGAAAACCUGGUGAAAAUGAAGCUUCUCUUUGUUUCGUGCCUAUUAUUCUGGUGUUUUCUCGACCAUGGAGCAUCUGGUGUUGAUAUUGAUGAAGUGUCAGCGAUGGAAGAAGAUUCAGUCACUCUAUACACUGAUGUUAAGACAAACCAACAAGAGAAAAUCAGAUGGUAUUUUAAUGACAUUCGCAUCGCUCAAAUUACUGGAGAUCUCCGUAAGAUCUGUACAGAUGUUCAGUGUAAAGAUAGUGAUGAGAGAUUCAGAGACAGACUGAAGCUGAACAAUCAGACUGGAUCUCUGACCAUCACAAACAUCACAAACACAGACUCUGGAGAAUAUAAACUCCUGAUAAGCAGCAGCAGCAGCGACAGUGAAAAGAUCUUUAGUGUUACUGUUCAUGGUGUUUCUGCUGCUCAACGAGAUAAAAUGAAGAGAAAGUCAAUGAAGGAGGGAGAAUCUGUCACUUUAGAUUCUGAUGCAGUAAAAAACCCAAAUGAUUUACAGAUGUGGUAUUUUAAUGACACUCGCAUCGCUCAAAUCAGUGGAGAUCCCAAUAAGACCUGCACAGAUGUUGAGUGUAAUGAAGGAACUGAGAGAUUCAGAGACAGACUGAAGCUGGAUCAUCAGACUGGAUCUCUGACCAUCAUGAACAUCACAAACACAGACUCUGGACUUUAUAAACUACAGAUCAUCAGCAGCAGAUUCAGUAUCAUAAAGACAUACAACGUUAGUGUCACUGCUGUUUCAGGUUCAUCUGCUGCUGUAGCUGCUGUUGUUUCCAUUGCGGCUGUUCUGCUGGUUGCAGUUGUUGGUGUCAUUUACUGUUACUGCUGGAGGUCUAAUCCAGCAAGACAAAAUGUUCAAACAGGAAAAAAGACACUGAACAAUGAUCAAUAUAAGAAGAUUGGUGGAGAUUCGUACCUUACUGAGGCUGAAGCUCAGACUGUUACCCCUGAGACACGGCCGCUAAGUGGUGUUAUAGGGGUACCAUCUGCUGUUGCUCCUGAGCCCCCGCCGCCAAGUGGUGUUAGAGGUGUACCCGCCAAUGUUAUCCCUGAGCCCCCGCCGCCAAGUGGUGUUAGAGGUGUACCCGCCACUGUUACCCCCGAGCCCCCACCCCUAAGUGUUGUUAGAGGUGUACCCGCCCCUGUUACCCCUGAGCCCCCGCCACUAAGUGGUGUUAUAGGGGUACCCUCCGCUGUUGCCCCUGAGCCCCCGCCGCCAAGUGGUGUUAGAGGUGUACCCGCCCCUGUUACCCCUGAGCCCCUGCCGCCAAGUGGUGUUAGAGGUGUACCCGCCCCCGUUACCCCUGAGCCCCUGCCACUAAGUGGUGUUAUAGGUGUACCCUCCGCUGUUGCCCCUGAUCCUGCGCCACCAAGUGGUGUUAGAGGUGUAUCCGCCCCUCUUAGCCCUGAGCCCCCAACACCAAGUGGUGUUAGAGGUGUACCCUCCGCUGUUGCCCCUGAGCCCCCGCCGCCAAGUGGUGUUAGAGUCGUACCGGCCCCUGUUACCCCUGAGCCCCCAACGCCAAGUGGUGUUAUAGGUGUACCCUCCGCUGUUGCCCCUGAGCCCCCGCCGCCAAGUGGUGUUAGAGGUGUACCCGCCCCUGUUACCCCUGAGCCCCCGCCGCCAAGUGGUGUCAGAGGUGUACCCGUCCCUGUUACCCCUGAGCCCCCGCCGCCAAGUGGUGUUAGAGGUGUACCCGCCCCUGUUACCCCUGAGCCCCUGCCACUAAGUGGUGUUAUAGGUGUACCCUCCGCUGUUGCCCCUGAGCCCCCGCCGCCAAGUGGUGUUAGAGGUGUACCCGCCCCUCUUACCCCUGAGCCCCCAAUGCCAAGUGGUGUUAUAGGUGUACCCUCCGCUGUUGCCCCUGAGCCCCCGCCGCCAAGUGGUGUUAGAGGUGUACCCGCCCCUGUUACCCCUGAGCCCCUGCCACUAAGUGGUGUUAGAGGUGUACCCUCCGCUGUUGCCCCUGAGCCCCCGCCGCCAAGUGGUGUUAGAGGUGUACCCUCCGCUGUUGCCCCUGAGCCCCCAACGCCAAGUGGUGUUAUAGGUGUACCCUCCGCUGUUGCCCCUGAGCCCCCGCCGCCAAGUGGUGUUAGAGGUGUACCCUCCGCUGUUGCCCCUGAGCCCCCGCCGCCAAGUGGUGUUAGAGAUGUACCCGCCCCUGUUACCCCUGAGCACCCGCCGCCAAGUGGUGUUAGAGGUGCACCCGCCCCUGUUACCCCUGAGCCCCCAACGCCAAGUGGUGUUAUAGGUGUACCCUCCGAUGUUGCCCCUGAGCCCCCGCCGCCAAGUGGUGUUAGAGGUGUACCCGCCCCUGUUACCCCUGAGCCCCCGCCGCCAAGUGGUGUCAGAGGUGUACCCGCCCAUGUUACCCCUGAGCCCCCGCUGCCAAGUGGUGUUAGAGGUGUACCCUCCGCUUUUGCCCCUGAGCCCCCAACGCCAAGUGGUGUUAUAGGUGUACCCUCCGCUGUUGCCCCUGAGCCCCCGCCGCCAAGUGGUGUUAGAGGUGUACCCUCCGCUGUUGCCCCUGGGCCCCCAACGCCAAGUGGUGUUAUAGGUGUACCCUCCGCUGUUGCCCCUGAGCCCCCGCCGCCAAGUGGUGUUAGAGGUGUACCCUCCGCUGUUGCCCCUGAGCCCCUGCCGCCAAGUGGUAUUAGAGAUGUACCCGCCCCUGUUACCCCUGAGCCCCCGCUGCCAAGUGGUGUUAGAGGUGUACCCGUCCCUGUUAUCCCUGAGCCCCCGCCGCCAAGUGGUGUUAGAGGUGUACCCGUCCCUGUUAUCCCUGAGCCCCCGCCGCCAAGUGGUGUUAGAGGUGUACCCGUCCCUGUUAUCCCUGAGCCCCCUCCGCCAAGUGGUGUUAGAGGUGUACCCGCCCCUGUUAUCCCUGAGCCCCCGCCGCCAAGUGGUGUUAGAGGUGUACCCGCCCCUGUUACCCCUGAGCCCCCUCCGCCAAGUGGUGUUAGAGGUGUACCCGUCCCUGUUAUCCCUGAGCCCCCGCCGCCAAGUGGUGUUAUAGGUGUACCCGCCCCUGUUACCCCUGAGCCCCCUCCGCCAAGUGGUGUUAGAGGUGUACCCGUCCCUGUUAUCCCUGAGCCCCCGCCGCCAAGUGGUGUUAUAGGUGUACCCGCCCCUGUUACCCCUGAGCCCCCGCCGCUAGGUGUUGAUAUAAAGGAGUCCCCUGUUCACCCUGAGACCCUGCUGACAUCUGCUGAUAAAUGGGCAUGCGUUGAUCAGGCUAAAACCCUGCAGAUGAGUUCAGCUAAAGGGGACUGAGACCAAAAUAAUAAAAUAAAACAUUAUUUCGUUACAUUUUAAAUCUUGGAGUUUUCAGUUUGAGCAGAUGAUUUAAGCAUCACUGUCAUCAUAAGAGCACACUUCUUUUAAACCAUAUUCUCAAAAAAAAAAAAAAAAAAACCUUUUCAACGGCUUCAAAAACAGUAUUUUGAUUACUGGCAGCUAAUUCACCACAUCCACCAUCAAAUGACAGUGACACUUAUAGGUGAUUGCAUAGAGUAAUUGCUCUGCAGUAAAACUAUUUAAGCUAUUUCGAGUUUUGCUGAUGAUAUUCUUCUUUUAUGCCUGCGGUAAUAAUCAGUGAAACAUCUUUGCUUAGGGAAAAUAUACUUAGAUUUUUACACUAUCCUAUACACUUAUUAUACUGGCUUAGGUUUUAUGAACGGAACAUGCAUAAAUGAACUACUUAAUUGUGCCUUACUCACACUGACUGACACACACCUGAAGAAUGUGCACAGAAACCCUUCUCUCCCAGACAGCAUGUGAUGCCGAACUCAGUUUUUUUUUUGUGCUUUAUUGAAUGGUCAGACACAGAAUUAUUUCUGUCUUUGUGAGUUUUAUAUUUAAAUUAUGAGGCAAGUGAAGAUUCACACCUGUAAUAUAUACACCUUAUUUAACCAGUAAGCCUCACAUUUUGUGUUUUUAAUAAAUCUUUAAAGUUGUAUAUUGUACUGUACAUAAAUUCAGUGUAUGAAUGAUUAAGUUAAGUGGAUUAAAAUUGAGUUUUUGUCCUGAUCACAUCUCCGCCUCUUGGGAAAAAAAAACACUGUUAUUUGAUUGUUUUUAGCUGAAUUAAUUUUAAAGGGAACCUAUUAUGCAAAAUUCACUUUCAAUUUGUUUUUGAUAAUAAUUUUGUGUCCGCAGUGUGUGUGUACACAACCACCCUAUCAUGAUAAAAAUCUGCCUAAAUGCACUGUAAGUCGUGUCUGGUAAAUGUAAUGUAAAUCUAAAUGUAUAUUUAUCUGCACUGAGGAGGAGCUUUUACACCUUCAAAGUUUAAACACACCAUUAGAUAUGGCUCAGAAAAUUGAAGAGGCAACCCACGAACAAAGCUUUGCUCUGACUGGUAUCGACUUCACAAACCAGGAGUAAAAGCCUCCAGGUUUCAGGAGGUGUGCUAUCUCAGAGGCCUGAGCUCCGCUGCGAUCCUCACAGAGCGUAUCAUCAGGGGAAGAGGUGCUGAGUGGAGUCAGAGGUAACAGUGGAAUACAACUUUGUUGCCUUAUCAUCCAUCACAAUUUUGGCUUGUUGAAAUGAAAUGCCCUAAUGUCAAAAUCAUUGUUGAAUGCAAAUACUGUAUUUGUAAAUAAACAGGGGUUCUCAC